AUGCCGCCUGCGCAUGCAAGCCAUGCCUCAAUGCCAGGUAUCUCACAUCAAAACCAACCACCAAAGGAUAUUGAUUAUUCGGAGGUGACCGCGCAACCGCCUGCGGCCAAGAAGCGCAUUGUCGACAAGCAGAGCUUUGAAUAUGCUUGGCGAUCUGGGGUUGCCGGUGGCCUCGCCGGCUGUGCAGCAAAAACGGUCGUCGCCCCCCUUGAUCGCGUCAAGAUCCUUUUCCAGUCGAGCAAUCCCCAGUUCGCGAAAUAUUCUGGUUCAUGGGCCGGAGUCGCAGAGUCCUUGAGGGUCAUCCAUGGCCAGGAAGGCGCGCAAGGCCUCUUCCGUGGCCAUUCGGCUACACUGAUGCGAGUGUUUCCGUAUGCCGCCAUCAAGUUUCUCGCAUAUGAGCAGAUCCGAUCGGCUAUAAUCCCGGACCACAACCACGAGACCCCGCUCCGGCGACUGGUCAGCGGAUCGCUGGCCGGUAUGACAUCGGUGUUUUUCACGUACCCUCUCGAGGUCGUGAGGGUACGUUUGGCGUUCGAGACGAAGCGCGAGGGCCGCUCGUCGCUCAUGGAGAUAUGCAAAAAGAUAUAUCACGAACAACCAGUCACACCGAAGCCACUGGCCCCCAACCUGGCUGCAUCCACAGGUGGUCAAGCGGCUGCAGCGACGCAAUCAGUGCUGGAAGCGGCGGUGCCGAAGUCUGGACUGGCCAACUUUUAUAGGGGGUUCUCCCCGACCAUGCUGGGCAUGCUUCCGUACGCUGGCAUGUCGUUCCUGACGCACGACACAUGCGGCGACAUCUUGAGGCGGCCGUUCCUGGCCAAGUGGACCACUUUACCACAACCGGAAUACGCCACGCCGGGCAAGCCGGCGCCGCUCAGGUACUGGGCCGAGCUUCUGUCGGGCGGAAUCGCAGGUCUCGUGUCGCAGUCGGUCUCGUACCCAUUGGAAGUCAUACGGCGGCGCAUGCAGGUUGGCGGUGCUGUAGGAGACGGGCACAGGCUGCGCAUUGCCGAGACGGCGGGCUUGAUUAUGAAGGAAAAGGGCGUACGUGGGUUCUUUGUCGGGCUGACGAUUGGUUACGUCAAGGUGGUGCCCAUGGCUGCAGUGGCUUUCUACACGUAUGAGCGUUUCAAGCUUUGGUUUGGGAUCUGA